AUGUUGAUGCAGUUAGAUGCGGAUGACACAAAUGAAAUUGAGGAAAUAAGUCGAAUUCGAAGUGAAAAGAGGCUUGAUGAGAUAUCUUCAAUGGCUAUUAAGAGGACUAAAGGACCAUUGGAUUUAGUCUUUAAGAAGACUAAGGACACAAGCCUUAAUGAUGAUUGUGAUAAAGAAGCGAGGGCAAGAACCAUACAAUAUACUACUCGCUUUGUUUAUACAUGUGGAAUUACUUUUAACGUGGAAAAUGCAAAAGCCUUUAAGUUGAUGUUGGAAGCCGUUGAAAGCUAUGGUCCUCAUUUGAAACCGCCAAGUUUUCAUGAACUUAGGGUUCCACUGCUUCAAAAGGAGUUGGAAUAUACAAAAGGUUUUUUGAAGAAUCACAAGGUUCAAAAGAAUAAAUAUGGAUGUUCAAUUAUGUCAGAUGGUUGGACGGAUAGAAAAGACAGGGAUAAGCUAGCUGAGUUGUUGGACACUUUUGUUGAGGAAAUGGGUGAAAAAAAUGUUAUUCAAUUGAUUAUUGACAAUGGGCGUAAUCAUGUAGCAGCGGAUAAAGUAUUAACUUCCAAAAGGCCAAACAUGUUUUGGAAUCCAUGUGCAGCCCACUGUAUAAACCUUAUGUUAGAAGACAUACGAAAAAUUCCAAAGGUUGAUAAGGUUAUAAAAAAUGGAGUUAAGGUUGUGGGUUACAUUUAUAACCACACAUAUGUUUUGAAUCUAAUGAGUAAGUUUAUCGACAAUGUUGAAUUUGUUAAAAAUGAAGUGACAAGGUUGCAAGAACUAAAAAGUAAGCUUAGAGAGAUGUUCACUUGUGAUGAAUGGGUGAGUUCCAAGUGUGCCAAGGAUGCUAAAGGAAAAAGGGCAACUAGUAUUAUACUUAUGACAUUAUUUUGGAGUGAUGUUAUGUACACUCUUAAGGUCAUGCCGCCUCUUGUAAAUGUGCUAAGAAUGGUUGAUAAUGAAAGAAAGCCCACAAUGGGUUACAUAUAUGUCGUAAUGGGGAUUCAUUCCAAGAAGCGAAAUAAGUUGGAGCAUCAAAGGUUGCAAGACUUGGUUUUCAUCAUGUAUAACCAAACAUUGAUUGAAAGAUUUGAUAUUCGGGACAAGACUGAUCCUAUGGAAUUUGGUGAAGUUAAUUAUCACACUCAAUGGUUGGUGGAAUAUAUGGGAGAGAUAGGAUAA